AUGGCCUGUCUGCUGCAUGCUCCACUACUCCUGUUGACAACUCUCAUGGUGGCUGUGAACCUGAGCCUGAACCCUGCGCUGGGUGAAACACUGCUGGGUGGCACAGAGGAAUCCAGUAUGCAGGAAGAGGGGGCCCCAGAAGCACUGGACUAAGCUGUCAGCAAGUACAAUGAAAACAACAAUGACUUGCAUCUGAGCCGUGUUGUAGAAGUAGAAAGAGUCCAAAAACAGGUUGUGGGUGGAAUGAAUUUCUUAUUUGAUGUGAUCCUAGGCCAAACCACAUGUAUGAAACCCCAGGCUGACUUGACCAACUGUCCCUUAAAUGAUCAGGCUGAUCAGCAAGAGAGAGAAUUCUGUUCUUUUGAGGUCUACAUUGUGCCCUGGGAGAACCAGAUGUCCCUGACAGCUUCCAGCUGCCACAAAAUAUAA